AUUAUUUCUUUGCAAAUUUAGUAAAUACUCACCCUCUCUAAAGUUCCCUCCUGCACCACCACUUCCCGCCUCCCUUCUCCUCUCCACCGCCGGCCGCCAACCUCCGCCGUCAACCUCCGUCGUUCACUUCCGAUAUCAAUGGAAGCUCAAAAUUUAUCUUUUGGGCUUUCCUCUACCUUACCCACUUCACCAAUUCAAAACCAAAAAAAUCCAUUCUUUCAGAUUUUGCUCAAACCAUCUUCUUCUUCAAAUAAUCUUAUCCUUAAAGGGGUUUUCUUGAAACCCCAUGUUUCUUUUUCUCCUAAAAAUUUCCCCAGCAAGGAAUUUUUCCAGUGUAGGAAUUGUUUGCAAAGAACUGAAAGAGAAGCUACUACAGUUCCUGAUAGUGGUGUGAAUAAAGAACUUAGAAAGAAGAAGCUUGCAGUGUUUGUAUCUGGUGGAGGUUCAAAUUUCAGGUCAAUUUAUGAAGCUACACUUGAAGGGACUGUUCAUGGAGAGGUAGCUGUUUUAGUUACCAAUAAAAAUGAUUGUGGAGGUGCAAAGUAUGCAAGGGAGCAAGGCAUUCCUGUUAUUUUGUUUCCUAAAGCAAAGAAUUCAUCGGAGGGUUUAUCGGAGGAGGAUCUCGUGGGUUCUCUAAGAGCCUAUAAUAUCGACUUCAUUCUUUUAGCUGGGUACUUAAAGCUUAUUCCUACUGAGUUAGUCCAAGCAUUUCCAAGAUCGAUAUUUAAUAUUCAUCCGUCACUUCUUCCAUCUUUUGGAGGCAAAGGCUACUAUGGCAUAAAGGUGCAUAAAGCAGUCAUAGCUUCUGGAGCUAGGUAUUCAGGUCCUACGAUCCAUUAUGUCGAUGAGCAUUAUGACACUGGACGUAUUCUUGCUCAAGGGGUCGUGCCUGUGCUGGCUAAUGACACAGCAGAAACACUUGCAGCAAGGGUUCUUCAGGAGGAGCAUAAGCUUUACGUAGAAGUAGCCGCAGCAUUAUGUGAAGAGAGAAUCGUGUGGCGUGAAGAUGGUGUCCCUCUCAUCCGGAGCAAAGAAGAUCCCAAUCAUUACAAGUAGAUAACAAAGCCAGAGGUUAGCAACUCCGCGGCUAGAAGUAUUCGUUACUGAGCUCUGUGUUGACACUAACGUAGUUUUGGUACAUAUGCCUCGUGGAAGGCGUACCAGCGUCCUUAAUUGUUCAAUUUACCAUUAUACCAUAGAAAAUUCAACAUAUGUAGACGAAUAUUGUAUGUCUAUGACAAAGUUUUGUACCAAUAUGUUUUGACAACUUUUUAUUUUUUCAUCUAUGAAAGAAAUAGCUUGUUGUUUCUUGACAUUGCU